UGGUGAAUAUCUUUGCUCAGUCCCGAAAUCUCCACGGUUUCUCUACAAAGUCUGUGUCCUUGAGUCUAUCCAGAUUGGGUGAUCAGUUUGAAUCUUGACGACACGCAGGACGCUGCCUGAUGUUUGAAACCUUUUCCCACAGACAGAAGAGAGAAAUUUUUCUCUUUCGAGAGUCAAAGACCAACCGGGUGACGUCACCGGCCAGAGCGCGAAGCCGCUCGGAGAACUCGGGAGACGGGAAGCUGCGCAUGUGCGAGGGAGAGCCCGCCCCCUUCCUUUUAAACGAAGGAAUUGGCCAAUGGGAAGAUUAAGAGGACUGGAAGGACUCUGGUCCUCCAGUCAAUCAGAGCGCGGGCUUUGUGUGAAUGAAGAUUGAGCUUCACACAGACUAAAACUUCCUCCUGUGUCCAACAUCUGAUGAUGGAAGAGGAGGAUUUGCUGACCAAAAUCUCGAACCAAAUGUCAUAUCAAGAUCUCACAGAGUCACUCACUUCAUUGGUACCUGAAUAUCGUCGGCCUUUGAACCCAGAAGGAGAAAUGUUUGCUUGUUCUGUCUGCUUCAGGCUUAAAAAUCAGCAUGAUUGGAAGAGCACCGAGAUACACACACCCAAGUGAGUAUGUUCCUGCGCACUGACUGUGGAAGGAGCUUUAACUAGUUACACAGACUGAAAAACGUUGGACCAUUCACAGCGGGGAGACCAUUACACAUGUUCCAUGUGUGGACGAGGCUUCAACUGAUCAUCAAACCUGGAGAGACACAAGGACACCCAAACCAUGGAGAAACCGUGGAAAUGUGGGGACUGUGGGAAGGGAUCUCGUACCCCAUCUGCGCUUGAAAUUCAUCGACGGGUUCACUCCGGGGAGAGGCCAUUCACCUGCUCUGAGUGUGGGAAGGGAUUCACUCACUCAUCCCACCUGGUUGCUCACCAGCGAGUUCACAGUGGGGAGCGGCCAUUCAGCUGCUCUGUAUGUGACAAGGGAUUCACUCAGUCAUCCCAGCGCAUUGCACACCAGCGAGUUCACACCGAGGAGAGGCCAUUCACCUGCUCCGUGUGUGGGAAGGGAUUCAGUAGAUCAUCCACCCUGCAGAACCACUGCGUAGUUCACACCGGGGAGAGGCUGUUCUCCUGCUCCGUGUGCGAGAAGGAGCUCAAUCGGUUAACCAACCGUCUGAAACACCAGAUGGUUCACACUGGAGAGAGGCCAUUCACCUGCUCCAUGUGUGGGAAGGGUUUCACUUGUUCAACCAAUCUGCUGACACACCAACGCAUUCACACUGGAGAGAGGCCGUUCUCCUGCUCAGAGUGUGGGAAGCGGUUCCCUAAUUCAUCCAACCUGCGAAAACACCGGAGAGUUCACAGUGGGGAGAAGCUGUUCACCUGCUCCGUGUGUGGGAAAGGAUUCACUCAAUCCUCCAACCUGCUGAGACACCAGCGAGUUCACACUGGGGAGAAACCUUUCAGCUGUUCUGAGUGUGAGAAGGAAUUCGCUGAUUCAUCCAGCCUGCGGAAGCAUCACCGAGUUCACACGGAGGAGAGAGGCUAUUCACCUGCUCCUUGUCCUUCCGAGCUGCUGAGACACCAUGGCAGUCACACCGAUUAGAGACCUUUUAGAUGCUCUGACGCUGGGUGUUAAUUGUUUCAAUUGAGGUUAAGUGUAUAAAGGUGGAGGGCAUUGAUUGGAUGGCUAUGUAAGCACCUAUAAAGAGUCACUGAAUAAAUAAAUACCAAGU